AUGAAACGAAAUAGCUUGAAAAUCUGCAGCCGCUGCAUUGGUCGAGACAGGAAGAAAGCCCUCGACGAGCCCUACUUCUUCAGCGCUGCGAAUAACCUCGACUUUGGGGAAGUCCCCGGCAAUCUACCCGAUCUAACGAUGGUUGAGGAGAUGCUUAUUGCUAGGAUUCACGUACACGUCAAGGUCCUACAAGUGCGUGGCGCUCAAUACAAAUAUCGCGGCCACGUUAUCCACUUUCUUCGCAACAUUGGUAGGCUAUUUGAAGAGCUCCCAGUGCUACCGAAGGAGCUAGAUAUCGUGCUCCUACGGCCUCCUAAUAUGGAAGGCGACCCUCGCUUCCAGCAACAGUUUGCUCGCGAUUUCCGGCGCCACCACCCGGGCUAUCGCGAUAUCGUCAUCCCACAAGGCCCUGUUGAGGAGGCCUUGGAAGAGGAUCCCUGCGAUGCGGACGCAUCAGCGAUCCCGAACUUGCAGGUUACCGAUACCGAAUUAAACGCCCUGCAGUCCCGAGUCCUUGAUGUUGCCCUGACUCUGAGCAUGCCAUUGCCAUCCAUUCGCAGGACCCCUAUCGACGAAUUCAACCGUUCCCAGCCGCUGUUAUCGCUUGCGUUCCCUACCCUCUACCCUGACGGCAAGGCCGACUUCGUGGAGCCUCGCCUACGGAGCAUCACGUACCAGGACUACCUUGGCCAUGCGAUGAGAUGGCAUGACGGACGUUUUGCCCGCCAUAAAACGUGGCCUUUCGUCGCCCUCAACACGCUGCUACAGGAAGCGAUGGCUGAGCCUGAUGAGCCAGAGGCUCAGGACCUGAUCCAGUCGAUCACGCGCCAAGCCGCGACCUGGCCUUUCGUUACUGCAAGUGCGGCCGAUUACCACUGGGAAUCACUAUAUCGUCACAUGCCUCGAUUCCAAGAGUGGAAAGCAGCUCCUGAGGCGGCGCGCAUGGUCCUGUCCCGGCAACUACUGCGAGACAACGCCCACAUCGCCGCCUACCACUUCUACAAGCGUUAUACGCUUCUUACGACUAUUGUCCUGAAGCAGAAGUUCAACCUAACGGACCUUUGGGGCCGCUAUGAGUGGCAGGGCAGGGGGUCCAGUCACCACCAUGGCCUAUAUUGGUUAAGUGGCCACCCAGACUUGGAUCCUGACGAUAAUCGAUCCCGGGAGCGAUUUGCCCGUAUCUGGGGAUAUCACGUAUCUGCCGUUAACCCAGAGCCUCAUCGAAUACAGCACUGGACCUUUAGGGGUGGGAGGAACGAUGGCCAGAUUAACCACUACAACCGCUUGCUUACCGUUGCAUGGCUAGCCAAUACAGAUGUCUCUCCCUGCACGAGCCUCCAGCAGGUGAUCGAUUACGCAGCCAAAUACUGCUCCAAGUCAGAAAAGAAGAGCGAGUCUUUUGCCCAGAUUGGGAAGGCGCUGAUGCCCCGGGUCAAGGACCACAACCCCCUGAUUUCUUUCACGUCAAAGCUCCUGAAUCAGCUAGUUGCUGAACGGGAUUACUCGAAGCAGGAGGUUAGCCACUUCCUCGGCCUGCCGUUACAGGAGGGCUCACGAAUCUGCCUAUACGUUGACUGCCGUCAUCCUGACAGACAUUCCCGCUCCUUACGCAUUGACGGCGAUGAGGUUGACGAGGCCCCAACGUCUACGAAAAAGACCCUUCCGCAUGGAAGCAAUGGCGGCCAGGCAACGUUAACGGCAGGCCCCGCCAGCAGUGGCCAGAUUAUUGCCGUGCCUUCUCCUAUUGUUGGCAGCAUCACAAUCAUGGUGAUGACCAUUACGGCCAGCCAAAAGAGGCUCGAUUACAGCCUCAAGAUGAUCAAUAUGAGGCUCUGCCUGUGGGGAAGAAUUUGA